GCCUGGAGUCCCGCCCCCAGCAGCGGUUGCUCCAAUCACCAUUGGAGGCUCCCUCCCGGGGCACCCGUGCUGGCGAGCUGAGAGGAAAUGGCAGGGAGGUCCCUGACAUCGAAGGCCGAGCCCACCGCAGGAGCCAUGGACAGGGCUGAGAAGGCCGGAGGGCAGGACACAUCCUCACAGAAAAUUGAAGACUUGAUGGAAAUGGUGCAAAAGCUGCAGAAAGUGGGAAGCCUAGAGCCCCGAGUUGAGGUCCUGAUUAACCGGAUUAAUGAGGUCCAGCAAGCAAAAAAGAAAGCCAAUAAAGACCUAGGAGAGGCCCGGACCAUCUGUGAGGCCCUGCAGAAGGAACUGGACUUGCUGCAUGGAGAGAAAGUACACCUGAAGGAGAUCUUGAGCAAGAAACAAGAGACCCUGAGGAUCCUCCGGCUGCAUUGCCAGGAAAAGGAAAGUGAGGCACAGAGGAAGCACACCAUGUUGCAGGAGUGCAAGGAGAGAAUUUCUGCCCUGAACUUGCAGAUUGAAGAAGAGAAGAACAAACAGAGACAGCUGAGGUUGGCAUUCGAGGAACAGCUGGAAGAUCUGAUGGGCCAGCACAAGGACCUCUGGGACUUCCACAGGCCAGAGCGGCUGGCAAGGGAGAUUUGUGCCCUGGACAGCAGCAAGGAGCAGCUGCUCAAGGAAGAGAAGCUGGUCAAGGCAACACUGGAAGACGUGAAGCAUCAGCUGUGCUCCCUGUGUGGGGCUGAGGGCCCCUCCACCCUCGAUGAGGGACUCUUUCUCCGCAGCCAGGAGGCUGCAGCCACAGUGCAGCUGUUUCAGGAAGAGCACAGGAAGGCUGAGGAGCUCCUAGCAGCUGCUGCCCAGCGCCACCAGCAGCUGCAGCAGAAGUGCCAACAACAGCAGCAGAAGCGGCAGAGGCUGAAGGAAGAGCUGGAAAAGCAUGGAAUGCAAGUCUCUACCCAAGCCCAGAGCACACAAGAGGAAGAGGCUGGCCCGGGAGAUGUGGCCAGUCCCAAGCCCCUAAAAGGAGAAAGACCUGGAGCUGCACAGCGAGCAGGGCCUGACGUCCUCAUAGGCCAGGAGGACACACUCCACCCUGACCUUAGCCCAAGGGGCUUUCAGGAAAUAAAGGACCUAUAUUGAUACAGCCCAUCUCAGCUGAGUCUACUGACUCCCAGACCAGAUAGACCAGUGACAUGGUGGAGUUGAAAAGAGAGGCUCACUGCAGAGCACUGUUUCCAUGGAAAAAUGGAACAUGGCAAAGUGCAGAAAUUCUUCACUCAGUCCAGGACAGACAAGUUCUCUAAGAUGCAGUUAAUCAUACCUGUCUUAAACAAAUUGGCAAUACACUAUCAAACAUGACUUUUAAAUCAAGUGGAAGUUAGAAAAUACAUUGAACUGAAUGGCAAUGAAGAUACCACAUUUUAAAACUGUAAUUCAGUUAAGCGCACGAUUAGAAGGAACUUUAGCUUUUAUUGGUUCACCACAAUUUUUUUAAAAAUCAACCAAUGAUUGUUCAGUUAAUGAAUAAAAGGUAUUUGACACAGUUCACCUAUUCAUGUGAAAAAAAAAUACUAAUAAACAGUCAGCUUCCCUUAG